UAGUGAGAGAGAGAGAGAGAGAAAACGUGAAAAACUUUCUCUCUCUAAAUCUAAAAAAAAAAAAAAAAAAAUUUAUACACAAAAACCGAAAGAACCGCUCUCUGACUCUCCUCUUCUCUCUCUCUCUCUCUCGCUUCUCUAACACAUUCUCGUUUUCUCACAUUCAACAGCACAAGGCCAGACUUUCACUGAGUUGAGUACCACAUAUUCUGGGUCCUUGUGUGGGUUCUUCUUCCUGGUGGUGUACUGAGUUCUCACGAUGCCCCUAUUGAAAAAGAAGCAAUUUUCCUUGGCAGAACCACCUAAGGAUUUAGAUCCUUGUGAGCUUGUUUACCAAGUUCGUUUCACAAAAGAGAUAUUUAGGGAUUAUCAGGAAUAUUUGAACCGUAUAAAUUUGUAUCGCCAGAGAGUUUGGGUUUGUAAAGUCACUGGGAAAACUAGCUUGACUUAUGAGGAGGCUUUGGUAUCAGAAAAGCGGGCAGGGGAGAAGGUUCAACAGUUUCCCAAAGAACUUAUGGCACCUGUGUUACGUAUCAUCCAAUACAGUAUGCUUUCACUGAAGGAUCUUGCCAUAACAAUAGCUGAAAAGCUGCAGAAACACUUGUUUGUAGGUGCUGAAUUGUAUGGAAGGAAGGAAAAUGGUGUAUUUGCAUGCAAAAUAACAAAAGUUCUAGAUGAGGAUCCUGAAAAAAUCCAAUAUGAGGUGGCAUGGCUUGACAAAAAUAAGAAAGUAAUGGAACAUUCAUUAGUAAGUCGAGAAGAUUUAAUACAGAAGAAGGUGCUCUUUAGUAGAAAUGUUUUGAAGUCUUUUAUUCGGGACUCUACAUACCGAAGUGCUCCUUGGGUCAUUCAUGAUAAACUGGCACAAAAUCAUGGAAUUUCAACUGACCUUCCGGAGGAGUUAAGAGACCAAGUUUUCUUCAAGGAUGGACUACUAGUAUGCAAUAAGAAGCGAAGGAAAAUUGAGGAAGAUGGAAAAAUUGAGAAGGAAGCUGGAAAAAAUAAAAGGAAGAAAAUGGAAGGAGAUGAUGAGUCAAUGAAAGAACCAAUUAAGUAUCCUAUCGAUGACCUGUUGGUGCAGCCUGGUGCAGAUGAUCCAGUUUUUACUGACCGCCCUUCUCCAUCAAGGGACUUCAAUGUUCCGCUUCAUUGUGUUGGGGAUCUAUUAAUGGUUUGGGAUUUUUGUUCGUCAUUUGGUAGGCUGUUGCGCUUGUGGCCAUUCUCUCUUGAAGAUUUUGAAAAUGCAAUCUGCCACAAAGACAGAAAUGUGAUACUCCUUGUGGAAACUCAUUCAGCUCUUUUCCGAUUGCUCAUAAAAGACAAUGAUGAAUAUUUAUUGGCUGCACGGAAAAGAAAUCAAAAUCAAAAAUUAAAGAUUACGCUGAUCAAUUGGACUGAGUAUUUGUGUGAUUUUUUGGAAAUAACCAAACUUCCUGAAUCAAAUUUUAGAGCAACUAUUAAGCGGGGGCAUUAUGGCCUUUUAGAUGCUCAUGCUAAACUUGGAAUCUUAAAAGAAUUGGUUAACCUAGCACUUCAAACAGAUAUUUUUAGGGAGAAGUUGGAUAAUCUUAUUGAAGAGCGGCAGGAAAUUGGGGCCACAAAAAGGGGGGAAGCAUUAGAAAAAGCCAGAAAGAAAAGGGAGGAAAAGGAACAGUUGAAGGCUGAGGCUGACUCCAAUGGAGUAAUGGAUCAACAAUUUUUGGAGAGCGUAGAAAGUGUAGCAGAAAAUGAUAAUCACAGUAAUCAGAAUGGUCAUAUGGAAAAGAAAAGAAAUGGGAAGAUCCUUUCAUCUCAGCAGGGCAAUGCAUCAGAGAAUUGUGAGGACAAGCUUGCCAACACCACAUCAAAGAAAAAGGCCAAGAAGCUGAAUUUGGAUGUGGAAGUCCAACCAGAUAAUGGCAAGGAUUCAUCUAGGAAGGAAGGGUUGAAAUACCUGAAGGAUGAUAAAAAGGAAGGAACUGAGAAAAGGGACAAAGAACACAGGAGAGAAUUUUAUGAACGGGAAAUGGAGAAACGAGUGAUAUGCAGAAACCCCUUGGGCAAAGACAGAUUUUACAACAGGUAUUUGUGGUUUCCUCGUGAUGGGAGGAUAUUUAUUGAGAGUUCUGACUCCAAGGAGUGGGGAUACUACAGUAGCAAGGAAGAGCUUGAUGUGUUGAUGGGUUCGCUGAAUAUCAAGGGGGAGAGAGAGUGGGCACUUAAAAAGCAGCUGGAAAAAUUCUAUGGCAAAAUAUGUAUGGAGCUCCAAAAGAGAUCAAAGGAAUUGGCUCACAAGAUUGCAACAGAGGAGGCUGUGCUUCGAAGAUCUACACGUGUACGGGCUCCACCUAGGGAAAAUCCUGCUAAUGCUUUUCUUAGGUAUGUGAACAAGUGGAAGGAAGAUUAAUUGGGCUUGAGUUUGGUGUUGGGAAAAUUGGUUUCAUUUAAUUUAGGAUAGAAGGUCCUAUACUCAGUUACAUUACUCAUUACAAACAGUAGGAUCAAUGAGUUAAAUUUUUUUGGUUACUCCGAGUACAUGCUCAUUAAUUUCUUCAAUGGGAAUUUGUUAGUAGUACUUACCCCCCAAAAAAGAAGGGAAUUUGUUAGUAGGAGGCCAGUGAUUAAGUAGCGUAAGGGCAUGGAAAGGAAAAGGGAUGGAGAAGUUUUUCUUAACCCAUUCCUCUGAUGAACUAGCAUGUAAUCAUGCCUGACCCUCAAAUUUUGUAAAUGACUUUUCUGCAUUUUUUUAUUAUAGAGACAGAAUGUUCUGCCAGUUCUGGAAACAUUAUUUA